AUGCCAUCGUUGACCACUUUGCUUUCGUUGCCUAACGAAUUAUUUCUCUCGAAUAUCUUUAUUCACUUCGAUCUGAUAGAUUUACUCAAAUUGUUCAGUUCGACACAAAAUCAACGAUUAAAAAGUUUGGUUUCUGCAACGUUGUAUACAAGGAUGUCCAUCGAUUUGAUUCGAACGGAAGUGAGGUAUUCAUUGCUUCUGUCUUUUCUUCCACCUGAAAACAAUAUCAUUACUGUUCGAAUCAACAACAAUCAAUUGAAUGAAACAUUAGCAGCUGCCUUAGUUAAAGCGUGUCCAAAACUGACUCGUAUGGAAGUGAUCGUCCUACACGAGCAACCACGUCAGUCAUUGUUUUCAAUUUUAUGGACAAUGAACCUCGAUUCGUUGACAUUGUCAUCAAUCUCUGACGAUCAGAAUGAUAUGUUGAGCUAUGUGUGUAACCCUCAAUGCACGCUUCGCUGUUUAACCGUCACCGAAGACAACAAUCCAAUUCAUAAACCAUUGGUUGAUUUGUUCGAUUGUUACAAUGAUCGUUUGACAUAUUUAUCGAUAGCUGCGGUUGAUCUAAAUGUGGUUGCAUCUCUGUUGUGUCAUUUUCCUGCUCUUGAAACGCUGAAACUCCGAUUACCGCAGCGUCGUCAAUGUACAGCAUCACAUCCUCGUGAGUAUCGUGAUGAAGAUCAUCGUUCAUCUCAGUGGUCUACCCGUCUUCGAUUGUUGAGCAUUGUUGCGCCUCAACCGUACACGCGCGUCACCUUAUCGUUCUACGAUUUUGUACGUCGUUUUGCGUCAUCACUUGAACGACUAUCGUUCUAUCUGACCCCACUUUAUAGGAAAAUGACUCCAGUAGCGCUAGAACGUGAACUUCUUACACAGUUACCUCGUCUGAAACAGUUAGACUUUUGCAUCCAUACAGGGCCCUGUUAUCCUAAUGAAGACGAUGCAAGACAUUUAUUUGAUCAAUGGGCAGUCGAUCAACGACACGUCGUUUCUAUCUACCAUGUACCAGGUACGUAA